UGUGUGUGCAUGUGCCUGGCUGGGUGCACACCCCGCACGGCGGCGGCGCCAGGACGCGGAGCGCUCCCCGGAGCCCGGCUGCCUCCCUCGGCUCUGGCGACCGCGACCAUGUUCCAGCCCACAGCCAAGCGCGGCUUUACCAUCGAGUCCUUGGUAGCCAAGGACGGCGGCACCGGCGGGGGCACUGGCGGCGGCGGCGCCGGCUCGCAUCCCCUGGCGGCGGCCGCCUCGGAGGAGCCACUCCGGCCCACGGCGCUCAAUUACCCUCACCCUGGCGCGGCCGAGGCGGCCUUCGUGAGCGGCUUCCCCGCCGCCGCCGCCGCCGCCGCCGCCGCCGCCGCGGGCGCGGGCCGCUCGCUCUACGGUGGGCCCGAGCUUGUGUUCCCCGAGGCCAUGAACCACCCCGCGCUGACCGUGCACCCGGCGCACCAGCUGGGCGCCUCCCCACUGCAGCCCCCGCACUCCUUCUUCGGCGCCCAGCACCGGGACCCUCUGCACUUCUACCCCUGGGUCCUGCGGAACCGCUUCUUCGGCCACCGCUUCCAGGCGAGCGACGUGCCCCAGGACGGGCUGCUUCUGCACGGCCCCUUCGCGCGCAAGCCCAAGCGGAUCCGCACGGCCUUCUCGCCCUCGCAGCUCCUGCGGCUGGAGCGCGCCUUCGAGAAGAACCACUACGUGGUGGGCGCCGAGCGGAAGCAGCUGGCCGGCAGCCUCAGCCUCUCCGAGACGCAGGUGAAGGUGUGGUUCCAGAACCGGAGGACAAAGUACAAGCGGCAGAAGCUGGAAGAAGAGGGACCGGAGUCUGAGCAGAAGAAGAAAGGUUCCCACCACAUCAACCGGUGGCGCAUCGCCACGAAGCAGGCCAACGGGGAGGACAUUGAUGUCACCUCCAAUGACUAGGGUGGGCAGCCACGGAUCCAGGAGGGCAGAGCCUCUGCUCGCUGCUGGCCAGGCCCCCCCGGGUGGGCCCAGCUGGACUCUGGCCGCUCCCCCGCCAGGCUUCAGGGAGGCCUCGAGUCACGGCCCCACAGGGCUUGGAGCCUGGGGCCACCACUGACAGAGGGACAAGAAACGGGCUGGCCGAGGCCCGGGACUCCACCUUCUCCUCGGAGAUCCCGCCUGCCUGGGCAGGCCGCCAGCCUCAGCAGCCUCCCAGCCACUCUCCACUUCUCCGAUCUCCUGUUUGUUUUGAUGCAUUUCUGUUUUAAUUUAUUUUCCAGGCCCUCGCUGUAGUUCUUAGUGAUCCCCUUGUAUCUCCCUUCCCUAUGGGAAUAAUAAAAGUCUCUCUCUUAAUGACACGGGCAUCCAGCUCCACCCCCAGAGCCUGGGAGCCUGGGAGGUGGCUUCCGGCUCUGGGGACCAGCUGGGACUGGCAGACCAAGCUUGUACAGUGCCCGGGAGCCCAGGGUGGGGCCUUGGAGACUCAGCUCAUUAACUUCUCUCCUUCGUCGAUGGUCCACCCUGGCUCCAGCUCCAGCUAUCUAGUGAGAGACACUGAGGCUGGACAUGGGGAAGGACAACCCUGUGGCUUAAAGGAGGCUAUCUACGUUCAGGUCUUCCCAGGCUUUUAGAGUAAUGGGAAACAGGGCCAUGUGGCUUUAAGGAGAGAGAACCGGUGCACUUCUGCAUACUGAGAGACUCUGGUGGCUCCUCCAGUUGAGGAGAAACUAGAGAAAAAAGAGAAUAUUGGGAGCUAAGGGAUAGAGCACCAUUCACAGAAGUUGACUAUCCCAGCCCCAGGUCCUGGCCCCACCAGGAUGUUCAUCCAUCCCCGGAGAACCCCUCCUAUGCAGAUGAAAGCUUCCGAGAUGGGUGUAAGGCUGAACCUACAACCUGUCCCCAGGGACGCAGGGUCUCUAGUCAGGAAAGAGCAACAAGGCAGGGCCCAACUGAGCUUUUAGUUCACCAGCCCUUCUGCUCAUCCCCUUGCCUUUCCUUAAAAGCAAAACCUGUAUUCCUAACAACCUCUCCCUUAUGACAUCCAGACCUGUCUUCACUUCUUUACCUCCCACGUGCUCCCCAACUCUCCACUAAUGCCAAUCACCUCACCAGUCACCAAUCAUCACCACCCCUGGGGGCCAAACUCAGCUGCUUCCUGUUUGGCUUCACCUACACGCCGCCUAUCUUCUGGCCAUUCCCUCCCGCACCCCUCCCUGCCUUAGUCCCAGUACUUCUCACACUGUCACCUCUGGCCUCUCCGAGUCCUCCCAUCUCAUCCUGGCCUCAUUGCCCCUGCCCACCAUAGGGGCAGUCCUUGCACCUCCUGCCUCUUCACUGUGCCCUCCCGGGCCACACAUCCACGUCCAGGACUUCUCCUGGCUCCCUGGACUCCUUCCAGCAGACCUAUGCCGAGCUGCAGACCCACUGAGCCAGCUGCCCACAUCUGCUGCACUCAGGCCUUCGGCCCCUCGAACCCAACACAUACACAGCUGACUCAUCUCCCCAUCCAUUCUCCUCCAGGACUGCCCACCUCGGGGCCAAGGUUUCUUCUCCCUUGGGAAGCAAUGUGCAUGGCUCUUGGGGGGUUGGGAGGGGAGGGAAGGAGUGGUAGACAGAAUGAGGUUUGUGUGGGUGUCAAAGAUGAGGCCCCUUCAAAGGAGGACCUCCAUAGAGUGGCUAGGUUUCUCUUCCUUGAACCCAAGCAGGACUGUGUCACACCCUUCCUAAGCCCUCCACUCUACCCCCUACUUCUUUCCCACCUUGGCCUCUCCUACCUCACUCCUGGUGUCCUCUGCUUCAGUCUUGCCCAUGUCAUUCCUGUCCCCCAGUGAGCCAUGGGUUUUGCCUGUGCUGUGCCUUUACUUAAUGCUUCUCUUGGCUCCUGGAAUGUGCUGGGGGCUUGAUCAAUGUUGAUGUCAAUGUUGAAGACUUGAUGCCUGGGGCACACAGGGAUCCGAGCCCAGAAGGCCCUUUUGCUGGGACUGUCAGCAUCUCACUUGGGUCCAGUCAAUGCUAGAAACCAAAGGGCUUCUCCCAUCCCAAUGCCCCCCCUCCCCAUCAACCAGGAAACACAUUCCUCACAUGUUGAACGUCCUAACUUCAAGGUGCAUUCUCUCACUGCCAAGCAGGUGGAUAACCCCUGGGGAGCGUGCACACACAGGGAGGGUGAGGUCGAGAAGGAGAGGCAUUCUUUUGGCACCAGCGGGGGCAGAGGAAUGGGUGAGCUGUUCCUCUCAAGAUUCUCUCACUUGGUGGGGGAGGGGGUGCAUGAGGAUCACAGCAGAGCAGCCCCUGCCAUCCAGAUAAAGGGCUGGAAAGGACCCAAGGAAACCUGCCAAUCUUCCUAGGCCAGGCCUGCGAGGGGUGGGGCGGGAGUCCCCACCGCACUCCCAUCCACCCCCCCGUGUUGUGCCUCUCCCUGCAGACGGUAAAUAUUGGUGUUGUGACUUCAUUAAUAAAGGCUUCUGUGAGCCUGAAAAA